UCAUGCUCUCGCACUCCCCUACACACACUCACACACUAGACCUCGGUUGCUUCCAUCUUUCCCAUGGCUGCUCAUUCACUGUCUCCUCUCAACCUCCGUCAUCUCAGCCCUCAGCUUCCCACCGCUACUCUGCCAUCAUCAUCAUUACUCUUAUUGAGGAGGAGUCUUCGUCUCAAUUUUGCCUUACCCAACGCUGCUUCCGGGCAAAGCCCCUGCUGCCAAGCUCCUGCACCCGUCGUCAGAGCUUCCGUCCGCACCCAACUUCUGGGCGAAACUAAGAUUGACGAUGAAAAUAAUAAUAUUCUCAGAGUUGGAGUCAUCUGCGGAGGUCCUUCCGCCGAGCGCGGAAUUUCUCUCAACUCCGCAAGAUCAGUCCUCGAUCACAUUCAGGGAGAUGAUUUGCAAGUAAGCUGCUACUACAUUGACUACAACCUCAAUGCUUAUGCUAUAUCCUCUGCUCAGAUGUAUUCGAACACUCCUGCAGACUUUGAUUUCAAGCUUGACAGCCUUGCCCAAGGUUUCGAGUCUUUAUCUGAGUUUGCACGUCAUCUUGCUGCCACCGUAGACAUAGUUUUUCCUGUUAUACAUGGCCGCUUCGGUGAAGAUGGUGGCAUCCAAGAGCUACUGGAAAAAUUUAACAUCCCAUUUGUUGGUACUCAGUCUAGGGAAUGCCGCAAAGCAUUUGACAAACAUGAUGCCUCUUUGGAGCUUGAGAGACAAGGGUUCGUGACAGCUCCCAGCGUUUUAGUCCAGGGGAGUGAAAUGGAUGAAGCUGAGCUGUCAAAGUGGUUUGCGAGGUAUCAACUGGACACUGAACAGGGGAAAGUUGUGGUAAAACCAACACGAGCAGGAUCCAGUAUUGGAGUUACAGUGGCUUAUGGAGUUACAGACACCCUUCAAAAAGCUAAUGGAAUUAUUUCAGAGGGAAUAGAUGAUAAGGUCCUUGUUGAAAUUUUUCUUGAAGGUGGUAGUGAGUUCACAGCCAUUGUCCUUGAUGUGGGUUCUGAUUUGAAUUGCCAGCCUGUUGUGCUGCUACCAACUGAGGUGGAGCUUCAAUCUUAUGGGAACAUUGAUGUAAGUGACCAGGAUGCAAUAUUCAAUUAUCGCCGAAAGUACCUUCCUACACGGCAGGUCACUUAUCAUACUCCACCUCGUUUUCCACUGGAUGUCAUCAAAACCAUUCGAGAAGGAGCCUCAUUAUUAUUUAAGCAGCUUGGCCUGCGUGAUUUUGCUAGAAUUGAUGGUUGGUUUUUGCCACCUUCUGUUAAUGCCUCAUAUUUCCCAGAGAAUAAGUUUGGAAAGUCUGAGUUGGGAACUGUAUUAUUUACUGAUAUCAACUUGAUUAGUGGUAUGGAGCAAACAAGUUUCUUAUUUCAGCAAGCAUCAAAGGUUGGCUUUUCCCACUCAAAUAUCCUUCGGACAAUUAUUCAACGUGCUUGCCUGCGAUUCCCCAACCUUUUGACAUACAAUAUCAUAUCAAAUACGUCAUCAAGGAGAUUCAAAUCUUUGCCAUCCACGGGAUCACUUCCUGUAAAUCCACAUGCCAGAAAAGUUUUUGUUAUCUUUGGUGGAGACACUUCUGAACGACAAGUAUCCCUGAUGAGUGGAACCAAUGUUUGGCUGAACUUGCGAGCUUCUGAUGAUCUUGAAGUAACACCUUGUUUACUAGCCCCAUCAAAUGGUUAUUCAUCUGGCUUGGAAUCUACUGGGAAGGAAAUCAAAGUGAGCUCUAGGACGGUUUGGACAUUACCGUAUUCCCUUGUUCUUAGACAUACUACAGAAGAAGUUCUUGAUGCAUGUAUUGAGGCAAUAGAACCCACACAAGCAGCAUUGACAUCUCAUUUACGUAAACAAGUAAUGGAUGAUCUCAUGGAAGGAUUGAGCAAACACAAUUGGUUCAGGGGAUUUGAUAUUUCUGAUGAUUUACCAAAGAGACUUUCCUUGGAGCAGUGGAUCAAACUGGCUAAGGAAAUUCAGGCAACAGUUUUUAUUGCAGUGCAUGGAGGCAUAGGUGAAGAUGGUACCCUGCAGUCUCUGCUAGAAGCUGAAGGAGUUCCUCAUACUGGUCCAGGAUUGACGGCUUCCAAAAUAUGCAUGGACAAAGUUGCUACAUCGCAUGCCCUUCAAAAUCUUAAGGAUUGUGGAGUCCUUACAAUCAACAAAGAAGUGAGGAGUAAAGGAGAUUUGCUGAAAAUACCUGUACUUGACGUUUGGCAAGAUCUGAGAGCCAAACUUCAGACUGAAACAUUAUGUGUUAAACCAGCAAGAGAUGGAUGUUCUACGGGGGUUGCAAGAUUAUGCUGUGAUAAGGACCUUGAGGUAUACGUGAAAGCAUUGGAAGCCUGUAUUCCUCAAAUUCCUCCAAAUAGUCUGUCAAAGGCACAUGGUAUGAUCGAGAUGCCAAACCCUCCUCCAGAGCUAUUAAUCUUUGAACCUUAUAUCGAGACUGAUGACAUAGUUGUUUCGUCCAAAACGAAGAACAAAAAUAAGCAACAUCUCUUGUGGGAAGGAUGUAGUAGAUGGGUAGAAGUUACAGUUGGAGUUAUAGGAAAAUGUGGAUCAAUGCGUUCGUUGACUCCUAGCAUAACUGUGAAAGAAUCUGGCGGCAUUUUAUCACUUGAAGAGAAGUUCCAAGGUGGAACUGGCAUAAAUUUGACUCCACCACCACUUUCAAUUAUCAGUAACGAGGCCCUGGAGAAGUGUAAACAGCGUAUUGAACUUAUUGCAAACACACUGCAGUUAGAAGGAUUUUCGCGUGUUGAUGCAUUUGUCAAUGCCGACAGCGGUGAGGUGCUGAUUAUUGAAGUGAAUACGGUGCCUGGGAUGACACCUUCAACCGUGCUAAUUCAUCAGGCACUGGCAGAAGAACCUCCCCUGUAUCCUCACCAGUUCUUCCGCACGCUACUGGAUCUGGCAUCUGAGAGGUCAACCUGAUUUGGUCGUUGAUAAUCUGCAGACUCUUCACGCAUGAAAAUUUCAAAAGACCAUUUACAGAAUUGGAAAAGAUGAUUUUUCCCAUCAUUUGCAAGUAACGGUGAAAGAACUUUUUGCCAUUUUGUAUUGAUGAUUAUGUCUGUUUAGAACCGUAAAAGUAUGUCGUAAGUUGCGCCAUCUAUUUUCACGUCCGAAAGAAUAUCCAACGGCUGUUAAGAAGUACUACAAUACUCUGAAAAUAAAAUAAAACAAA